AUGUUCUUCUCCACCAUCCGCACUAUAUUCUUCUUCCUCGGACUCAUUCUGAUGGCCACUGCUCAAUUGGGAGUCAACACCGGGCUCGGUGUAGGUCCGGCUGGAGCUAAUGCUAACCUCCAAGGCGCCGGAUACGGUAACCAAGGACAAGGAGCUUAUGGAAACGCUGGAUUGGGAGUUCAACCAGGAGGAGUUGCUGGAGGACUCGUUGGAAAGUAA